AUGGACUCUGCUGGGAUUUUGAUGGACUCACAUAUCAGGUUUCGGGUCUCCAUUUUCGGUGGUUCGCCUUCACAUGGUGAAGACCCUAACUCUGAUCCCUCCGUGUCUGCCCAAGGAGCAUCCUCGCAAGCAUCGUCAUCACGCCCCACUCGAGUGACUAACAGAAGCAAGCUUAUUGCUGCAGUUGUGGCUAAACGACUCGAUGAAUUUGGUACCCCAGCUGAUCCUGCAGACCCAAAGAAGCACCACCGAACUUGCAAGAAAAUCCCAAAGACUGCGAGUGAUGAGGAGACUGAUUAUACUACUGACUCGGACCUGUCAAGUGAUGAUUCCGAUUCUGAUGUUGAAAUGAUGAUGGGAAAUGAAGAGCUUGCUGAGGGCCUCCCUUCGAAGACAGUCCCAGAAACAUCGAAACAUCAGCCGAAGAAGACCAAGCCAAAGCGCACAAAAACUACCGCAAACACUGUCCAAGAUGAUAAUGAACAACCUCAACCAACUGUUAAACAGCCCUCAAAGAUGGCUGGGAAGACAUCAAACCCAAUUUACCUCUUCUACAAGAAGGUCACUACUGAUGCUGAUGGCACGACUGGUGAUGGGACAAAAUAUUUCAAGUGUUACCAUGGUACCAGAAAGACAGUGAAGAUCACAAAGGGAAUGAAAGGCAGUCUCAAUAACCUUGUUGGCCACCUUCAACGGUCAUUUCCAGCACACCAUCGCCUUUAUGAGGUUUUAGCCAAGCGCGGAAGUCCUCUGACCAAGGAGGAGAUUGAGAUUGCGAGUGGGAAGAAGAGAAUGGAUGACGCGCUUGUCAAGAAGUAUCUGAAUGAGCUCGAGACAAUUUCUAAGAAUAUCUGUGAAAUGUUCAAGCAGCAGCUCGCCUGA